AAUGCACUGACCCACACUAUUGCCCUCUCUACUCUCAACUUCUGUGGUCCCAAUGAGGUCAAUCAUUUCUACUGUGACCUACCACAGCUCUUCCAACUCUCCUGUUCUAGCACCCAACUCAAUGAGCUGUUACUCUUUGGUGUGGGGUUCAUAAUGGCAGGUUCCCCUGUGGUUCUCAUCAUCAUCUCGUACAUCCACGUGGCAGCUGCAGUUCUACGAAUUCGUUCAGUGGAAGGCAGGAAGAAGGCUUUCUCCACAUGUGGCUCCCACCUCACUGUAGUUUGCCUCUUCUAUGGGACAGGUAUCUUCAACUAUAUGCGUCUGGGUUCAGAGGAGGCUUCAGACCAGGAUAAAGGUGUUGGAGUUUUCAACACUGUCAUCAACCCCAUGCUGAAUCCGCUCAUCUACAGUCUCAGAAACCCUGAUGUUAAGGGUGCUUUGUGGCGAGUACUCAUGGGGAAGCGAUCUCUGACCUGA